CCUGUGUCCCCCGCGCGAGGCAGCAGCAGCAGCAGCAAAGCAAAGCCAAAUUCCCCAACCCAACAACACUCCUCCACUCUCCAGUAAGCUUCUUCCUCCUCCAUCCAGUAAUCUGCUGCUCGAUACUACUACAUACUCGCACAUCGAAUCCUCUCAACCCCCCCACUAUACUACUGCUAAUCUUAUACUGUUUCUCUCUCAAAUCUCGCAUCAUGCCGCGAUUUUCGAUUUUUUUCCGGGGUCAAAGGGUUAGGGUUUUGGGAUGUCGGACCGGCAGCCGUCGGAGGAGCCGGAGGAGCAGGUGGACCUGGAGGGAGACGAUGACGUUAUGGAUGACGAGGAAGGGUACCGCCGGCGCCGCCACCGCGGUGGGGGCGAGGAUUCGGAUGAGCCGGAGGAGGAGGAGCCCGUUGAGGCCGAUGGCGAUGGGGACGGCCCGGGAGAGGACGGACCAGGAGAUGACGCCGGGAUGGAGGUUGCGAAAGAGGAGGCUGCCGCGGGCGACGAGAUGGACAAGGAUGGCACUGAUGGGCCCAAGGACGACGAUGAGAAGAGGAAGUGGGAUGAGCUGCUGGCACUGCCCCAGCAGGGCUGUGAGGUGUUCAUCGGUGGCCUCCCUCGUGACACUACCGAGGAGGACCUCCGGGAGCUAUGUGAGCCUCUCGGCGAAAUCCAUGAGGUGAGGUUGAUGAAGGAUAAGGAUACAAAGGAGAACAAAGGUUUCGCCUUUGUCACAUUCACUGCUAAGGACGUGGCACAGCGUGCCAUUGAGGAAUUGCAUGAUAAAGACCACAAGGGGAGGACACUGCGUUGCUCAUUGUCCCAGGCAAAGCACAGGCUAUUCGUUGGGAAUGUGCCCAAGGGGCUGAGUGAGGACGAGCUGACUAGCAUAAUCAAAGGGAAGGGGCCAGGAGUUGUGAACAUUGAGAUGUUUAAGGAUUUGCAUGACCCAAGCCGUAACCGUGGGUUCCUCUUUGUUGAGUACUAUAACCAUGCUUGCGCUGACUAUUCCAGGCAGAAAUUGUCAUCACCAGACUUUAAGGUUGAUGGAAGCCAAUUGACUGUCAGCUGGGCUGAACCUAAGGGAUCAUCAUCAUCAUCAUCAGAUUCUUCUUCUUCUGCUGCUCAGGUGAAGACUAUAUAUGUGAAAAACCUACCAGAGAAUGUUUCUAAAGAGAAGGUUAAGGAUCUCUUUGAAGUACAUGGAGAGGUCACGAAAAUUGUUCUACCGCCUGCUAAGGCUGGGCAUAAGAGGGAUUUUGGGUUUGUUCACUUUGCUGAAAGAUCAAGUGCACUGAAGGCUGUUAAAGGAAGUGAAAAGUAUGAAAUUGAUGGGCAAGUGCUGGAAGUUUCCAUGGCCAAACCUUUGAGUGAUAAGAAACCUGACCAUUCAGUGAGGCCUGGAGGACCUCCUAAUUAUCCUCUUCCUCCAUAUGGUGGCUACAUGGGAGAUCCGUAUGGUGCCUAUGGUGGUGGUGGUCCUGGAUUCAACCAGCCUAUGAUCUACGGUAGAGGACCAGCACCAGCUGGGAUGAGAAUGGUACCGAUGGUGCUCCCCGAUGGUCGCCUUGGCUAUGUCCUGCAACAACCUGGUGGAAUGCCCCCUCCACCACCUCCUCGGCGUGGUGACCGACGGGAUGGUGGUGGCCGAAGUGGUGAAGGGAGCCAUGGCCGCCGUUAUCGCCCCUACUAGUUUAUUUUCUUGCCUUGUGUUAUCGUUCCAUGUGCAAAAUGAUGGAUUUGUUGAAUUGAUGGGAUGAGUUUAUGAGGUUGUGGUCUUGUUGCAGCCUAAGACUUGCAGUAGCCUGGGACUAGUACCGAUGCACCAUCCAAUUGAGUAACCUAUGUAUCAUCCAGCAGAUGCGGUGCUUGUGACUUGAAAACCUUUGCGCGAGUAGUGAUAUCAUCUGUGCACUAAAUUUGAGUAA